GUUGUCUUGUAAAAAAGCAAACACCAUGUCCAUAGGAACCCCCCUCCAACUCAAUCAAUGGCCAUCCAUUUCUCUCCUCUUCCUUCUCUCACUAACGAGCCCUAACUCUCUCUCUACAAACACCUCAAGAUCUCUACUUUUAAGAAAUGAAGAAGAAGACCCUCAUUUCCCUCUCUCUACUACUCUCCCUCUUCGCCUUAUCUUUCUCCAUAGAAGAUGAUAUCACCUGUCUUGAAGGGGUCAAGAAGUCCUUUACUGACCCACUGGGUCGACUCACUUCCUGGACUUUCAACAACAACUCAGUUGCUUUCGUUUGUAAACUCAAUGGUGUUUCUUGCUGGAACGAGAAGGAGAACCGAAUCAUCAGUCUUCAGCUAUCGUCUUUUCAGCUUUCAGGCAAGUUACCGGAGUCUCUCAAGUACUGUCAUAGCUUAACAACACUGGAUCUUUCAAGAAAUGAUCUUUCAGGGCCGAUCCCACCUGAGAUUUGUAACUGGUUGCCUUAUAUAGUCUCUCUUGAUCUCUCCGGGAACAAGUUUUCCGGUCCGAUCCCGCCGGAGAUUGUGAAUUGUAAGUUCUUGAAUAAUUUGAUUUUGAGUGGAAAUCAGUUGACUGGUUCGAUUCCUUUUGGUCUUGGUCGCCUUGAUCGGUUGAAAACGUUUUCAGUGGCUUCUAAUGAACUGUCUGGUUCGAUACCGGAUGAAUUGGGGGCUUUUUCGAAGGAUUCUUUUGAUGGGAAUGAUGGGUUGUGCGGUAAGCCGCUAGGGAAGUGUGGUGGGUUGAGUAGUAAGAGUCUUGGCAUUAUCAUUGUUGCUGGGGUUGUUGGGGCUGGUGGGUCAUUGAUUUUGGGGUUUGUAAUUUGGUGGUGGCUGUUUGUUAGGGGAGGUAAGACAAAGAGAGGUUCUGGUGGCGGCGGCGGUAAUGGUGAUGAUCCUAGUUGGAUUGAGUUGCUUAGGUCACAUAAGCUAGUACAAGUGACGUUGUUUCAAAAACCUAUUGUUAAGAUCAAGCUGGCUGAUAUUUUGGCUGCUACUAAUAGUUUUGAUUUUGAAAAUAUUGUGAUUUCAACGAGAACUGGGGAUUCGUAUAAGGCGGAUUUGCCUGAUGGAUCUAGUCUCGCUAUUAAGAGGCUUAAUGCUUGCAAACUUGGUGAGAAGCAAUUUAGGGGUGAGAUGAAUAGGUUAGGGGAGCUUAGGCAUCCGAAUUUGGUGCCAUUGUUAGGUUAUUGUGCUGUUGAAGUGGAAAAGCUCUUGGUGUAUAAGCAUAUGCCUAAUGGGACUUUGUAUUCUCAAUUGCAUGGAAGUGGAUUUGGUAUUAGUCAGUCUAGUGUUUUGGAUUGGCCUACGAGGGUGAGGGUUGGUGUUGGCGCAACAAGAGGACUUGCUUGGCUUCACCAUGGGUGCGAUCCACCUUAUAUUCACCAGUAUAUUAGUUCCAACGUGAUACUUCUUGAUGAUGAUUUUGAUGCAAGGAUUACUGAUUUUGGGUUGGCAAGGUUGAUUAGUUCUCCUGAUUCUAAUGAUAGUUCUUAUGUUAAUGGAGAUCUUGGGGAGUUUGGGUAUAUUGCUCCUGAGUAUUCCAGCACAAUGGUUGCCUCAUUGAAAGGUGAUGUUUAUGGCUUUGGUGUUGUGCUUUUGGAGUUGGUAACUGGACAGAAAGCUUUAGAUGUCAAUAAUGAAGAGGAAGGAUUCAAAGGGAAUUUGGUGGAUUGGGUUAAUCAAUUGGUGAGCACUGGUCGAAGCAAGGAUGCCAUUGAUAAAGCUCUAACUGGGAAAGGUCAUGAUGAUGAGAUUAUGCAGUUCUUGAGGGUUGCUUGGAGCUGUGUUGUUUCCAGGCCCAAGGACAGGCCUUCAAUGUACCAAGUCUAUGAGUCUCUGAAGGGUUUGGCUGAGAAACAUGGUUUCUUUGAUCAAUACGAUGAAUUCCCACUGAUCUUUGGCAAACCAGAUCCUGAUUACAAGGAGUAGCAUAGGCAGAACAAGAAGAACAAAAAAAUUUUAUCCUUGUGAAGAAAAAUAGUAGCAUAUUGGCAUCUUUGCAUUCAUGCUAUGUUUUGGAAGACUUUGGUAUGCUCCUCGUCAUUGUGCUUGAUUAUUGGAUAAUUAUGUACAUUACAUGAGGCAUCAGUACCGUACCUUCUAUGUAGCCUAGGAAAUUUCUCAUUUCCCCCCUGCAAAACUUCUGAAUUGAUCUGUCAUUUGUAGAAUGUUUCUACUGGGAAAGCUUUUUUUCUUAAUCAUUGAAGAUGUUGCUAUGUUCAUGUGACAUAAGGGAUGGCCUAUAUUCUAUAUUCUAUUUUCAUGUAUUUGUUGAA